CACAAUAGUAUCCGUGUCGAUAGCCAUACCGCGAACGGAGAGGAAGAGAUGAUGAAGCCGCCAGAGUUCGACGAUCCUACCGGCUUUUAUACCAAGUCCGCAACAUAUUGGCCGGGCAUCAGUGACAUGGGCGCGGAAGCAUUCCCGCUAGGCAUGAAAUUGACACGGGGCCGAGAGCGUUCAACCCCCCGAGCUAGCUUUCUUGGGAAGAGGCCCGAGCGUGAAGGAUCAGCACCUGCCCACCCUCGCAGCAUGGGCGGUGUCAGGACGCGCAUUCUGCUCCCGGACAGAGCGCAGAACAGGCAUGAUUUUCUCGCGCUAGAACUUGUGCGGCGUGGGAUGCAGGGGAUCGACACAUAGCCGCCCAAGCCACUCUGCAGUAGAAUGUAUCGCGUUAGUGUGUCAAGCGCGUAAAUGGUAUCUUCGCUGCGGCGCCCAUUGCUAUCCAUCGCUGAAAUU